AUGCGCCGAUCCCACAGCAAAUUCCCAGUCGAUUCAAUCUGCGAACCUCCCCUCCGUCGACAUCACCACCAGCACUUCCCGCAGCACCCCGUCGCUCGCAAUAAUGGCUGCCAUCAACAAGAUCGCCUCCAACUCGCCGUCCCGGCAGAACCCUCCGAGCUGGAGACCGCGAUCGCCGGCGCUCUCUUCGACCUCGAGAGCAACACACAGGACCUGAAGGCCACCCUUCGCCCCCUGCAGUUCGUCUCUGCCCGUGAGGUUGAGGUCGGCCACGGCAAGAAGGCCAUCAUUGUCUUCGUUCCCGUUCCCCUCCUCGGUAACUUCCACAAGAUCCAGCAGCGUCUGACCCGCGAGCUGGAGAAGAAAUUCUCCGACCGCCACGUCCUCUUCGUGGCCCAGCGCCGCAUCCUGCCCCGCCCCAAGCGCUCCGCCACCUCGCGCACCACUCAGACCCAGAAGCGUCCCCGCUCCCGCACUCUGACCGCUGUCCACGACGCCAUCCUCUCCGACCUUGUCUACCCCGUCGAGAUUGUCGGCAAGCGCAUCCGCACCAAGGAGGACGGCUCCAAGACCCUUAAGGUCAUCCUUGACGAGAAGGAGCGUGGUGGUGUUGACCACCGCCUCGAUGCCUACGGCGAGGUCUACCGUCGCCUAACUGGCCGCGCUGUUGCGUUCGAGUUCCCCCAGAGCGGUGCUGAGUUCUAA